AUGGGUUCUUUAGUGAAUUGUUCCACAGAAGAACUAAAUGGUUCUGAUAUAUGGAACCCUCACAUUGUUCUUGCACUGGGAAUUCCUCAAAUGAUCACCAAUUUAGUGGCUGCAGCUUUUAACUGUACGGUCAUUUUUACUAUAUCAUUUUCUAAAGACUUAAAUCAUCCUAUUUUCUUACUGUUUUGCAAUUUGGCUGUGUCAGAUCUUCUGGUGAGUGUAUCUGGAUUUUGGAUUUCUCUGUGUUUUAUUGGCCAGCCUGACAGCACCAUAUUUGGUUCUCGGAGUAUAUUGGUAGCAUAUGUUGCAUAUGCUGUGUCCAUUCUAUCCACCGUUUAUAAUCUCGUAAGCAUUGGAAUAGAGCGCUAUUUGACAGUAUCUGGGAGGACCAGGCUUAGAUGUAGAGCAUCUAGAAACCAAGUUUUUUCUGCAAUUUUCAUUAAUUGGACUUUAGCUAUAAUUUUGGGCUCUCUACCUCUGAUGGGAUGGGAUUGCUUGAAGAAAGACGGCUUUAAGUCUACGCUUUAUGGACCAUUUUGCAUUGACUACUUAGCUUUUAUAACAAUACCUAAUUGCAUGGUUGCCCUUGUACUGCCGCUGACUUCAUACAUUGGGAUUAUUAUAAAAGUAAGAAAACAAAAACUUUGCAUGCAGGCCCAUGGACAACAUCAUAGUACAUACAAAGCAGCAGAGGUACAUGUUGCAAAAACCUGCAUUUUCAUCUGGAUACUUGCUGUUGUCUCUUAUGCACCUUUUUUCGGGGGUGUCCUCUGGGAUAUUCUCAACACAGUUUGCCCUGAAGAAUUACAGACAAGUGCAUUUGUGUUCAGAAACGUCAGUGCUACCAUGAUCACAUUGAAUUCUUUAGGGAAUCCAAUUAUCUACACAUUCAAAUUCAAACUCACGAGGGACAAUCUUACUAUUUGUAAAUGCCAAUCAAAAAAUCAAAUAUCAGCUGUGGCACUUCGAAACUUUUGA